AUGUCUUCCUUUACCAAAGCCAAAGCCGGCAUCUCCGCCAUUGCCGUUGGUGCCGUCAUCACUGUCGGGUCCCUGACCGGCGCGCAACUCAAGGCCGACAAGCAAAAGGCCGACGCCAUUCGAGAAUUCCGCGAGACCUCGCCGCACGAACAAAUUGCCGUCCUGGAGGAGCAGAAGAGAGCGCUGCUGGACACCAGGGGCCAAAUACAACGGAAAAUCGAUCUUUUCGAGGAGAAGGUGAAAGAGCGCGAGGCGGAAAAGGCGAGACGAAGGGCUAUUAGGGCGCAAAGGAAAACAGAAUGA